AUCCUAUGUCACAUACUGGACAUGAGGAGAGGGUACAAGCAAUUUAAAACAAUACAGGCAUCGUCUUCCUCCUGAUCUGACCUCAGCAGAUGAGGUCAGUAGAGGUCAUCACCAUGGUGACCUUUGCUGAGACAGCACAGGUCUCCCCUAUGGAGCUCUGUGAGCCGCCUUGCAUGACGGCCGCCUUGUCCCCUGGGCUAAGGAGGAAAAAGAUGCUGUGGCAGAAUGCUGUGAAACACAUCAUUAUCCAGCAGGAGCUCAGCGCUCAGGUGGGAGUGGAGCCAGCUCGUAAGAUCUUUGUGACAGAUGCCUACAUGGAAGAAAUCAACAAACAAAUCCGCAACAAGGCCUCGCGCGGGGCCACAAAACGUCGCUCCUCCUCAUUCAGGGUACACUCGUCCCAGUCCCGGGGCUCAACCAGCACACACAACAGCGUCAGGACUUCUUUUAAUGACUACGCCAGCGAUGCUGACUUCUUUGUGCACUGGGGCCACACAACUCGAGGAGUCUUCAUACCUUCCUUGAGGCACACCUUCAAGUCUCGGGACCUUGAGAGACUCUACCAGCAACACUACUCCCACCAACGACGCAACUCCUUAGCCAUCACAAAUGUAAUCGAUGCAGUGGCCAAGCUACACGUCCUGGUCUUGUAUCUGGGUCUGGCCCCUGAGGCAGUCACUGACACUCUGCGAGGAGCCCUGACAGGAAUAUUCAUGGUGUUAGCUAUACUGCUGUGCAUCACAGUGCUUAUCAACAAAGACUCAUUGAACCCACAGUGGCUACACUUGGCUGGUUUAGCUAGCUGGUUGUCACAGACAGUACAGGUGCUGGGUGGACUGGUAUAUGGACUGGAGAAAGACCCUUCCUGGUAUGUUAUGUUCACAUUAUUCGCCACAUACACGCUGCUGCCAUUACCUCUGCUGUGGGCCAUGUGCGCUGGCUCCCUCACCUCAAUACUGCACCUUCUGGUAGAGAUAGUGCGCUGCUACAAUGACACUCUGCUUUUGAGAAAGGUGUUUGCCAAAGGCCUGCUGUACCUGGGUAUGAACACAGCUGGCUUGUUCAUUCAUUACCUCACAGACCAUGCCCAGAGACAAGUUUUCCUUGAGACGCGACGCUGCAUCGAAGGUCGCGUCAAACUCGAGCAAGAGAACCACAGACAGGAGAGCCUGGUGCUGUCCAUCUUGCCUCGCUUUGUUGCCUUGGAGAUGAUCGCUGACAUGAGCUCCUUGGAAGAUGAACUCAACCCUCAAGAGUUUCACAAGAUCUAUAUUCACCAGUACAAAGAUGUCAGCAUCCUUUUUGCAGACAUUAAAGGAUUUACUCUGUUGUCCAUGAACCUGUCCGCUCAGGAUCUCGUCAGAACUCUCAACGAGCUCUUUGGACGCUUUGACCGGCUGGCAGAAGAGCACAACUGCUUGCGGAUAAAGAUACUGGGAGAUUGUUACUACUGUGUGUCAGGGGUCCCAGAGCCACAACGUGCCCAUGCCCGUCACUGUGUUGAAUUGGGCCUGGCUAUGAUCAGCACCAUACAGUAUGUGCGUCAGCAGCUUAACUUUGACAUGGAUAUGAGGAUUGGGAUCCACUCUGGCUCUGUCCUGUGUGGAGUGCUGGGUUUGCAGAAAUGGCAGUUUGACGUGUGGUCAUGGGAUGUGGGCAUUGCCAACAUGUUGGAGGCAGGGGGUAUACCAGGGCGCAUCCACAUCUCAAGGGCCACACUGGACUGUCUCGAGGGCACCUACAAGACAGAAGAUGGACAUGGGCGUGACAGAAACGAGUUUUUGAAAAAGCACAACAUCGACACAUUCCUCAUCUGUCCGCAGAAGGAAACAAAUAAAGCUGACCAUGCCAUGCCUCACAAAGUCCAUAAAACAGAUCGAACCUGGAACCAAGAGAUUACACUUGGAAAUGUCAUUGACAUGAACAGUAUCCUGGCCUCCUUUACAAAUGGCUCACUGCCCAACAUUUGGCAAUCUAACUCCAAAGAGAUCAACAAACGCAUCAAACAAGCAAUUGAGAUUCAGAGCAGUGACCGUAUGCACAGGGAGCACAUCACUCCACUGACACUGGUGUUCAAAGAUACGCACAUUGAGGACAAGUUUUCACAGAUGAGAGAUGAAUUGUUCAACUCCAACCUGGUCUGCUCCUUCAUCUUGCUCAUCUUCCUCAUGGCUACCCAGGCCCUUAUUCCUGCACCCAGACUUUUCCCAGCAGUCCUUCAGUUCGCAGUCUUCCUGUUGGCCUACAUGCUGCUCCUGCUUUUAGCUCUGGCUGAGGAGUUCAAGUCUGCUCCUGCAGCACUGCAGCAGUUCUGCUGCUGGAUCCAUGAAAACAACAGCGCCCGUAACCUCCUCACCCUCGCUGCCAUCUUCAUCAACUUUGGCUUAGUGUCUACUGACAUGGUGUGGUGCAUCCUCACAGACAAAGGAGAGGCUGAUUUAAUGGACAGAAUCAACACAGCCUCACGUCCACUCACCCUCUGCAGUUACCCAGAGGUGUUUGUGUUGAGCAGUGUGAUCGCCAUGGUGACGUGUGCUGUGUUCCUGCGUCUGAACUCUCUGCUGAAGCUGGCUGUGUUGCUGCUGGCGGUGGCUGUCUACUCCUACCUCAUCCAUCUGGCCUUUCUCUCUCUCACACGACAUGAUGCACUGCAGGGGCCUCACUAUGUCAGGAGAAAGGGAAUUUCCAUCCUUCUCAUGGUCAUGUUUAUUGUUGCUGUUUUCUACAAUGGACGGCAGUGGGAGGCCACUGCCAGGCUGGACUUCCUGUGGCGUCUUCAAGCCCAAAAGGAAGUGGAGGACAUGAGGGAACUGCGAGAACAUAACGAGUGUCUGUUGCACAACAUCUUACCUAUGCAUGUGGCUCGACAUUUUCUGGACCGGAGUAAAAAUGAUGAGGAGCUGUAUUCUCAGUCCUAUGAUGAAGUGGGUGUUAUGUUUGCUUCCAUCGCUGGAUUCAACGAGUACUUUGAGCAGAAAGAGAUCAAGCACGAGGGAGUGGGCUGUCUCAGACUGCUGAAUGAGAUCAUUGCUGGCUUUGAUGAGUUAUUGGAGGAGUCGUAUUUUCACUUUGUGGAGAAGAUAAAGACUAUCGGGAGCUGCUACAUGGCCGCUUCUGGCUUAGCUCCAGACAAACAGGCAUCAAUGGAUGAAUGGAAUCACCUGAGUGAGCUGGUUUUGUUUGCACUGGCAAUGCAAGAGACCCUGAGAGAAAUAAAUAGGCUGUCUGCCAAAAACUUUCAGCUGCGUGUGGGUAUCGCCCAUGGUCCGGUGGUGGCAGGUGUGAUCGGUGCCACAAAGCCACAGUAUGACAUCUGGGGGUCAACAGUGAACCUGGCCAGCCGUAUGGACAGCACAGGUGUCAGCGGACGUAUCCAGGUACCCGAGGCAACACGGAAGAUCCUGGCAGAGUGGGGAUUUGUCUUGGAGCUAAGAGGAGAAAUUUUUGUCAAAGGGGUGAGUGAGCGUCAGGGAAAAGUCCGCACAUACUUCAUCAGCACGAUGCGCAGCAAGAGGGCCAACCUGGGGACAGACAGCCGCAUGGGGGGCCGGACAGGGGGACGUAUGACCCUCGCAGAGAUUGUGUUUGGUUUGGUCCAGGCUAGAAACAAGGAAAAGAUGAGAGAGACCAAUGGGGGGUUCAGCCUGACUCCCUGA